AUGACUGAUGAGAUGAGGAUGGCCGCCGUCUUCGGCGAGGCCAAGCCGGAGAAAUCCGACAACGAAGCCGAUGCUCUCCCGUGCCGACCUGUGCUCUUCCGCGCCUACUCCCACUCCCACUCCCAGAGCGGCCUCCGCGUCGUCGCCACCGACCUCCACUCCCUCGCCUGGCAUAGCUCCCUCGACCUCGACGGCCUCCGCGACCUCGUACGUCCUGAUACCGCUGAGCUUGUGGCUACCAAGGCGAAGGGACUACCUCGCAUCACUAUCUCUCUCGAUAGAGUUGCUGCAUCUGCACUCAAAGAUGUCAUUGCUGAUUUCUCACUUGCGCUCUAUGAAUCUUACAAGACCAAGCAGGAACAUGCAUCCAGAGAACAAGACCAAGUGUCACAGCUCAUGCAAAGUCUAGCCUCUGAAAGAGAAAAAAACGAAGUAAUGCAAAAGCAACUUGAAGCCCUUUCAUUCCUCGACAAAAGAAAGGCUACAAAGCCAAAGCUGUUGACUGAUCAGGUUCCAAGUGUAUCGAGUGCACCUCCAAGCUCUGAUCAAAUUAUUGUUCCUGCACAGCAGCAAACACCAGCUUACAGAUUUGCAAACCUGCAGUGGCUUUGCCUAGCAAAGUUCCUCCUGCCAAAGCUACGAAGCGAUUGGCCCCUGUGUCUCGGAGGGCAAGAGUACGAGGAGCUUUGUUGCAAGAUACUGAAGAAAAUGACGAUGAUAAUAGUUAGAUAUUGCUGA